CAGCAAUUUACAUCACCAUUAAUCCCAAUCACUAAUUACCUAUAGAGAAUAAAUAAUCGCGUCCAUAACUUCGAAGUUCAAACUAUGUCAGAAGUGGUUGUUCCACAACUCCGUAGCCACAAUAUGGGAGUUAAGAGAGACCAUCAAGGCAGGGAGAAGAUGGACAGCAGGGUGGGCAACAGAGCAGAUAAGGAUAUGCCUCGCAACGCUUAUACAUCCAUGUUCGAGUCAUUCCGAAGCGAGCUGGACGAGCAUCACGACCGACGCAUGAAGAUUGGAAAAGUCUCGCGAGACGUCACCGCCCUUAGUAAGAAGAUCAUAUUCUCACUACAACGUGUCCACAAGCUUAACCAACCAUUCCCCGCUCACAUUCAAUCUGAUGUCGACGAUCGCUUAAAAGAGAUCGCUAAACUUUUGAUGACUAUCGAGGGGGAUGUGGCCGGAAUGAAUCGACAUCGCUACCCGCUCAUAUGCCUUGAGGAAUUCGUCGAGGCUAUCUCAUUUUCUCACUAUCUCCAGCACCAGAAGAUCAUCACACUCACCGAAGCACAGGCGGCACUUCCUGUUAACAUAACCCUAACCCCCUCAGAUUACGUUUUCGGUAUAUUCGAUCUCACCGGCGAGAUGAUGCGCUUCGCAACCGCCGUCACCGCCCUUAGCGGGAGCAUGCCCGGCCUAGAUGUUAAGAGCUCGGAAGGCCGAACGAUUCUGAACGACAUGCAGGAAGUGAGCUCCGUGCUGCAGAUUUGCCCUCCCCUUGGCGGGAAGCCUGGUACCUACUCUAAGAAAUUAGGUAUUAUGAUCGAGCAAGUGCGAAAAGUUGAGAGACUUGGAUAUGGCAUCACCGUACGAGGUAACGAGCGGCCAAAGGGUUGGAUGCCGGAUAUGAACGAGCCUACCGGAGGCGAGGGAUAUCAGGAGGAUGUCAUUAUGGAUUAAGUCAUGCCUAAAUCUAUCAGUGUACUAUACGCCUAUAGUAGGAUAUAGGCCCCAUGGCUCGCUUUAUGUAGCCAUCGUUACUGUCUUCUAGCACUUACCUGAUUAGGACGGCACCUCCGGCGUAUUCGAGUAUCCUACUAGUUGUCAUUAGAUAAUUACCUGGUCUAAUAGGUUACCAGAAGUUCAACUCCCUAGGAGCUUGUUAGAUUUGGGCUCGGGCACGGCUGUGUUGCUGUUCCGUGAGUAGGUACUUAUGCACAGCAAUAUUCGGUAAGAUCGACAACCCCAUAUCUCCAUUAUCGGAACCGUCUAGACUAUAUUGCUUAAAUGACGAGAUCAUGAAGGUUUCUUAGUAGGCUGGGGGCGAUGACUCCUUACUUUUCUCUGGCGUCCUGGUUGGAAUAUAUAAGGCAUAUGUCUAGGCAGGUAGCGAUGCAUAUCAAUGAUAUCUUAAUUAUACUUAUUCA